AUAGACUCCGUAACGAGGGACCCCUUCCUUCUCCCAAUCUAACAACUAAAGCUUGCCAGAAAUGCAGGGUCUCUUCUCCAAGCUUCUAUUCAUCGCCCUCUGUCUCCUCCUCCCCCUCGCUUCAUGUCUCAAGAUUGGCGAAACAUGUUCGAACUCAUCGUCUUCAAGCAAUACCUGCGAUGCCGGAUUAAUUUGUGGGUCCUGUCCUGUUAACGGAAACACUCGACCGAGAUGUACCCGCAUUCAACCGCUGAAUCCCACUUCCAAGGUGAAAGGUUUGCCGUUCAAUCGGUAUUCAUGGCUGACGACCCACAAUUCAUAUGCUUUGUCCGGGUCCAAGUCGGCAACAGGCUCUGUUAUUUUGGCGCCCACCAAUCAGGAAGAUACCGUCACCAAUCAGCUUCAGAAUGGAGUUCGAGGUCUUAUGCUUGACAUGUAUGACUUCAACAAUGACAUCUGGUUGUGUCACUCGUUUGGUGGAAAAUGCUACAAUUUUACUGCAUUUCAACCUGCCAUCAAUGUGCUGAAGGAAAUUCAAGUGUUUCUUGAAGAAAAUCCAACUGAAAUUGUUACCAUCUUCAUUGAGGACUAUGUACAGUCUCCACAGGGUUUGACAAAGGUUUUCAAUGCAUCUGGCCUCAGCAAAUACUGGUUCCCAGUUUCUCGAAUGCCUAAAGGUGGUCAAGACUGGCCUACAGUAGAUGAUAUGGUCCAGCAGAAUCAGCGUCUUGUGGUUUUUACAUCCAUUUCAUCUAAAGAAGCUACCGAGGGGAUCGCUUAUGAGUGGAAAUAUGUGGUUGAGAACCAAUAUGGUGAUGGUGGGAUGAUAAAUGGAUCCUGUCCUAGUCGUUCAGAAUCAUCUCCUAUGGACACAAAAACAAUCUCACUGGUUCUUGAGAAUUUCUUUCCCACUAAUCCGAAUACUAAUAUAGCAGAAGCUUGUGCGAACAAUUCUGCUCCAUUGGUUAGUAUGACACGAACCUGUUACAAAGCAGCUGGAAAUAGAUGGCCGAAUUUCAUCGCUGUUGAUUUUUACCAGAGGAGUGAUGGUGGAGGUGCCCCAGAAGCCGUUGAUGAAGCAAACGGCCAUUUGACCUGUGGUUGUGACAGUAUUGCAUAUUGCAAGGCAAAUGCAACGUUUCGCACCUGUGACGUGCCAGUACUCUCUCCUCCGCCACCGGCACAGUUGACGUCCACCAGCACAGGUCCAUCAGAAAGUCCAGGCAACAACUCUCAUAUAAGUCGUCAAGUCCACCUCCUUUGGUUGAUUGGGCAAAUGAUCACUGUAAUUCUCUUGCUGAGGCUAUAAGAUGGGAAUCUCAGCGUUCAGACGCGCGCGAGGAAUUCAUCACAAGAGAGUACUGUUGUACAAGGAAGAAACUAACGGCAAUUUUUUGAUAGAUUUUGUGGUUCAUGAGUAAAUGAUUUGUAUCGUGAUCUCGACUUGUAUUUGUAUUCAUUCAUGAAUGGAUAUGAAUUGCCCGUAUUCUUUUUUACUUGCUUGGCAUUGCUCUCCAUUGGGCAAUUCGACUUCCCUCGCUCCUGGAUGCUCUAAUUGUUACUUUAUACAUUUCAUUCUUUGCAGUUUC